AUGGUGUAUGCGGAUCCAUUCAUCGAGAAUGCAUUGAGCUGUGGCAAUUAUAAGCUCGCUCUUCAACUUGUGGAUCGAAAAAUAAAGGAGCAUCCAAACAGUUCGUACUAUUUUGGUCUAAGAUCUCAGGUAUUGGCAUAUCAGGGUCCAAAAUUUAGGCAGCGGGCCAUUAAAGAAGCAGAAAAUCUUCUUGCGAGAUGUCCUACAGAUAUCCAGACACUCACAAUUAUUUCGGAAGUGUUUGAUUUAUGCAACUAUGUGCCAUUGGUGGAUCCUUUCGAGGCAGUCGGUAAAAAGCACCCAAAUUCUUCUUUAGUUUAUGAAUGGUUUUCUCAUUCAGUUGAAGCGGGAAAUCUUAUACAGGUUCAGAAAUCGACUAUGAUGCUUACAAAAGUUUUGACAACUGAUAAAUCUUCUAGAGAUCAGUUUUCCCCAAGCUCGGCUAGAAUGGCUCAACUUUAUGCGGCAAUAGGCUUUGUACUUGUAUGCAAUUGCUGCAGCUCCAGAAUUACUGCAGCAAGUAGAAAGCUGUUUCCACUAUUAGGAUUAAAGCUAGUGGAGAAGGCAAAACCACAAAAUGCUCAGGAAUAUUUCGUUUACUGUGAGCUCUUGAAAUUAGCAGGAAAGGAGGAACAGUGCAAAAACGUGCUGGAGGAGAUUUUAUCGAAGGAAAAUGACCUACAAUUAAAAUUAAUGUAUUUGGAUGUUCUUGAUAGAACCGGAAAAUACGAACAGCUUUUUGAAACCUGCAGACAUUAUCUUGAUAAUUUAAAGGAGGAUGACUGGAAUACCUGGAAGCUCUUUAUAAAAGCUGCUGGGGAAAUCAGGAAAACUCGAGAUUGCUUCAAAAUAAUAAACGAGUAUCCCGAUGGAAGAAAUAAGGGAUUAGCUUAUCUUGAGCUCUCAAAGAUUGACCAUACACUUUCUGCUACAGAUUUUUUUGAGGCGUACAUUUCAAAAUAUGGUUCUAAGAAGUGUUGCUUCCAAGAUUUGGUUAGUGUUCUUGACGAACAUCCUGAGUUAUCAAAUAUUGAUGAUAUAUUGGACAGAAUUUAUGAGAAAGAAAUUGUUUCUGUUAGCUCUGGGAAGUCAAAGGCAACGGAAAAGGAUCUUAUUUUGAUGGUUAAUUACAUGAAAUUGAAACUACACCAAAAAACAGAACUUUUGAAUGACACUGAUACUAUAAAGGAGUGCUGUACAUAUUAUAAAGCUACAGAGCAAUUGCUGGAUAAGCUUCAGCAGUUUGACUUUUCUGCAAGUUCCGAAUUUGUUAUUAUUGCUUGUGAAGCACUUCUAAGCCAAUACAAGGGAACACAAAACGAUUUACCGACUUUACUUCUUCGAAUUGUUGUAAUUAUGGAAUCAGCAUUGUUGAAGAAUCCAUACGAAUUCCACCUAAAGCUUUGGCUUAUCGCUCUAUAUUGCAAACUUAAUCUUGUUAACAGAGCGGAAGGUUUGUUUGAGAGUCUGAAGGUGAAAUUUGUUCAAUUGGACACUUUAUCAACAAUUUUGAGUACAAGAAUAUCCUCCUUAGAGACCAAAUUGAAUAGCAGUAAAUCCAAUAUUCUUUUCCAGGUCGCUAAAUUCUAUUCAAAUAACGUCGGACGUGAAGUUCCACAAUUGAUAUUAAAUGGCUUCAAGCAAGGUUCUUUUAGCAAGAUCCAGGGCUUUUUUGAGUUUGAAAAUAGGAUAAACUUCUCAUUUACAAGACUUCAAAAUACCAAUGAGCAAAUCCGCAAUUGUAGAUUACAAGAUGAUAUUCGAAGGAUAGAGAUAACUUUAAAAAAUGAUCUUAAAAACCUUUAUAAGGUGUAUGCAAUGGAAGGAAAGGAAUUGGAUCAAAAGAUAAACGACAAUAGAGAUCGAAAGACAUUCUGGGAUUGUGGCGUGCAUCAAAGAAUCAAAACUGUGUCCCAAAAAUUGGAUAUGAUCAAUCCUGAAGUCAACAUGGAUUAUUUGGCCAUAACAACUUUAAUGAACCUUCUCAUAUAUGAUUACAAUUCAAGUUUGUACGAGGAUUAUAUCAAGAGAUAUCUUGAUCUAUACGGAAAAGUGGGCGAUAUUCCAUGUACUGAAGCUGAAACAUGGAACUUUUCUGUGCUAGCACAUAUAUUUGAACCAUCCGAGGAGAUCAAGACGGAUCCUAAAAUUCCAAAGAACCAGCUCACUUUUAACUUCAAUCAUACGAUAUUUGUCAUUACAGAUUGCGUAAAGCAGCUGAAAUACAUGAUUUAUGAUCACUCAGAAAACAUGACCACUAAACAAAUAGCUACGAUCCGCUCCCUCAAGAAGCAAUAUUCAGAGGUUCUCAAGAAGGUCAAGAAGGACAUCAACAGUUACAAAAAGAACGAAAAGAAGCAAAUUUCCAAAGUUGAAGCUGAGGUGAAACACUGGUUUGCGAAGAAUGAAAUUGGAAGACAGUUCUCUGUGGAUGCUAAUACAAUUACCAAUAUAUUUGAGGAAAUCGGAAGAGCAGGCCAACAAUCAAUGAAGCAGCUUAAUGCUAUAUAA